AGUAGUCGCGUGACUAACGCCGAGUAAAGAUGUCUGUGAGAGGUACGCCGGUUCGCGGUAAAGUUUCCCGCGAAAGUUAUCGUGCGUAAACAAUUAUUUGACGAUCGUACGAAAUAAGUGCUAGCCAUUUUAUUUGUGUGUUUUAAUGUGCUCAAAGACUGUGGCGAGUUGACCGAAUUUACCCGCACGGUUAGAGAAAAAAGAAAAAUGGUGACGUCAUAGCGCGACCACAACCCGCGCGAGCAACAAUGUGAACUAUGAACAGAUUUAGUGCUGCCCUCACAUGAUUUCUAUAAACAACUUCACACACUCAACGACUAAUACUAGCACACCUAUACACUACGAUAACCAAGCGUUCGUUUAUAAUAGCGAAAAUGACAGUUACCAGAAGACAAAUGACAAUCUAUUUGAAUAUGACUACGAUUCGAAUGGCACGUUCGAAAAUUCAAAUUUCACGAAUUCGAGCUUCGAAAUGUCGAAUGGCAAUUACUCCGAGUAUGCUGAGAUCCCGUAUUACAUAAAGGCUACGUCUAUGACAUUUUGUAUAGCUAUCAUGUGUUUGGGUGUAAUAGGAAACGUUAUGGUGCCAAUAGUGAUAUUAAAGACUAAGGACAUGAGAAAUUCGACCAACAUUUUCUUGGUUAACUUGAGCAUAGCGGACUUGAUGGUGCUUUUGGUUUGCACGCCGACUGUUUUAGUGGAAGUUAAUUCGAAGCCUGAUACUUGGGUGCUGGGAAAAGAACUGUGCUUAGCAGUACCAUUCGUGGAGUUGACGGUAACUCACGCGUCCGUCCUUACAAUCUUGGCUAUCAGCUUCGAGAGGUACUAUGCUAUCUGCGAGCCACUCCGAGCCGGCUACGUUUGCACAAAGACGAGGGCAGCACUCAUCUGUGCUCUAGUGUGGUUCUUCGCGGCUUUAUUCACCAGCCCGAUCCUGGCCAUUGCGGAACACCAGACCACGUCCAAUGAAGAUGGGGUAGUCGUCGCACAGUGCCUAACACAAGCCGUCACAGUUUGGCAGAUCAGCUUCUUUAUAUUAAUCAUUGUUAUUCUCUAUAUUUUACCUCUACUUAUCUUAAUAGUCCUCUAUAGCGUCAUCGCCAAAAACCUCAUAAGUGCCGCCUCAAAAGUUGUUAUGAACAAAACUGUUGAUCCUUACAAUGCAAGAGCUCGAAAACAAGUUAUAUUAAUGCUCGGAACUGUUGUAUUAUGUUUUUUCCUAUGUCUAAUGCCAUAUAGAGUUUUGACUUUAUGGAUUAUAAUAGCGCCAUCAGAAUUACCAUCAGAAAUAAGCCCAGAGAAAUGGUAUAAUAUCCUUUACUUUUCAAGGGUAAUGUUGUAUAUAAAUUCUGCCAUAAAUCCUAUAUUGUAUAAUUUAAUGUCAUCUAAAUUCCGUAUGGGCUUUUGCAAAGUGUGUAUUUGUUAUAAGAGAAAAGUAGUUAAUAAGAAUAAACGAGCUAUUAGAACUGUAACAAAUGGAUCAACGACCAGCAGUAGUUUAUCAAGAACAACAAACAGUUUAAAGAAACUGUUUAGCCAAAGAGGGAGUAUGGAUAAAAGCGAUACAGAAUCAGAAAGUAAAGAAGCUGAUGCUAGUACUGUCGAGCCUAAAGGGUUCUUUGAAAAGAUUUUUAACAAAAAAACAUUUGUUAGGCAACAGUCAGCGCCAGUAUGUUCUAAUGCUAAACAGGUCAAAGUUGAUAGAAUGAGAAGCGAAGGAAAUAUUGAAAUAACGGAAGUCGUAGAUUUAGAUAAAAAGCAUAUAGACACAAGGAGCGAUGCAGCAAGAUUUAUUGGUCAUUCCGAUAGUAAGAAUAUUAGGUCAAAUAUUGAACUAGAUACAAAUCGAACCAAUUCUUUGAGGCGAAGCGUUUUGAUUAAUAGUACUAAGGCAAAAAGUAUGGAUUAUGAGAACAGCAAGAAAGUAGUUUCAUAUCAAAAAGUUCCAGUAGAUUUCGUAGUAGCCUUCCAAAACUCGAAGAGUGUAGACUAUGAAUUUGCAGAGAGCUUCGUUUGAUGUACUUUUUAGGCAAAUUAUGUAUACUGUUUACUUGGAAAGUUGUCUUGUUUGUUAUUCUUUUGACUAGUUUAGUGAGAAUUGAUGCUAAUAUUAUACCCACAGUAUUAUAAUGUUUGAAAUCAAGUCAGAAACAAGUUCAAUAAAUUCUUCUCGAUCGUGUCGUCAUCAUGAGGCUGCAGCAUUAUUGGUGGUCGAUGUGGAUUACAUCGACAAUAUCAAUAAAUAUAUAAUAUUAUUUACAACCAUCACAAUUUUCUUUUCGUUUUAUAAUUUCAUUACUUAUUUCCUUAAAAUAUCACUAAUAAACAUGUCAAGGCAACAUUUCCUUGUAGUGAAAUUCAAAUGUUAUUUUCUAUAGGUAUUUAAUUUAGAAAUAGUUUUGAUUAUGUUACACACUAUCAGAAUCAGUAUUAACCUAUUAGUAUCUCUUUCUAUUUAUGGGUUAAUUGAUGGCAAUAGAAUAUAAAUAGCAGCAUUUAGGAUCAUGUACGAAUGACGUACUUAAGUUGUAUAGUAUUAUAUUAUAGAACAAAGAUAGAAAUAGAUACCUUAUUGUAACCGUACGAUAGUAAGCCAGUUUAUGAGCAACAAGGAAUGUAUGAAGAAGGAAAAAUGACCGCCUUUCCAUAAAUAAAAGCUUAUAAUUAAAUUCUUUGUUGAUAUAUAUAAAAAAUUGGCCCUCUUUAUUUUUCAUAUGAAAUUUGUAUUAAAAUUAUCAGAUAAAAUAUUUGUCCCUAGAUGCAACUUACAUACCUUCAGAGUAAGAAUCAUCUUACUUUUUUAGAAUCAUCUAGGAAUGUAAGUUGCAUAUAGGUGUAUUAAUUAUAAUUUUCAAAUUAUUUCUUGUCCUUUAGCAAUCCUAUCACCUACACCUGAGAGAAAUAGAUGAGUAUAUUUUACUAAAAAGUUUAGAAACUACCCAUUAGAACUGAAUUCAAUGUUAAUUUAGUAAGUUAUAAUAUUGUCAUUAAUACAAAGCCUAUUAUUUAUAGACUUUUACUAUAUAAAUAAUAAAAAUAUAUUCACUU